CACUGUUCACCUCAAAGCUAAGAACGCCCAUAAAAUCUGUUUUCAAUUUCUUUUAAAACGGGAAAAGUCUACUUAAGUUUUAAAGUAUGAAGAAAAAUCUUUAGGGCUUUGGUUGAAGUCUGGAACAUUAUAGAGUGCAUCCGCUACACAUAAACUAAGAAAAAGAUUUUGCAGAGGGAGAGCUUUCUACACAAUGAAGACUCCACUGAAAAUAAUAAUUGUUGCCAUUGUGAUUGCCAUUAUUUCUCUACUAGUGAUUGUGACCACUGUUAUACUCCUGUUAUCAAGAAGUCAAACAGACAAUCUCAAGGAAUUUUCAUUUGAGGAUACAUUUAGUUCAGAUUACUACUACAAACUGCACUACCAUCAGUGGAUUUCAGAAAAUGAAUAUUUGCACCAAACAUCAGAAAGAAAUGUAGUUCUUUAUAAUCUGGAAACAGGAGAAAAAUCAACCAUUUUGAGAAAUUCAUCAUUUGAUGAAGUCAAUGCCACAAAUUAUCAACUGUCAGCAGAUAGAAAAUAUGCAUACUUCGAGAGCAAUUACAAAAAACAAUGGAGAUACUCUUACACGGCAUCAUAUCACAUUUAUGAUAUAGGAAAUGGAGAAUUCAUAACCGAAAAUGAACUUCCACCCAAUGUCCAGUACAUAUCUUGGUCUCCAGUCGAUCAUAAAUUGGUAUAUAUUGUUGACAAUGACAUCUAUUUAAAACACGAGCCUCAUGAGUCACCGAUUAGAUUGUCAAGCAGUGGAAAAUUGAAUAAAGUAUACAAUGGGAUUCCUGACUGGGUGUAUGAAGAGGAAUUGUUUGGAACAAAGUACGCUACGUGGUGGUCUCCAAAUGCCAAGUUUAUUGCAUAUCUCCAAUUUAAUGAUACCGAUGUGCCAGUUAUUGAGUAUUCCUACUAUGGAGAAGAUCAGUAUCCAAAAACUAUCAGUAUUCCUUAUCCAAAGGCCGGGGCUAAAAAUCCAACAAUCAAAUUGUUUAUUGCGAAGAUAGAUGUUCCUGGAUCAGUAAGUACUGUCCAAGUUUCAGUGCCCUCGAUGAUAAACUCAAGUGACUAUUACUUAACCUGGGUAACAUGGAUUCUGGAUGACCGGUUGUCUGUGCAGUGGCUUACACGAUCACAAAACAUUUCGGUAAUAUCACUAUGUGAUUUUGAGGAAAACUCAAACAGAUGGGUUUGUCCAAAGAUUAGGGAGCAUCUGGAAACAAGUGAAACAGGAUGGAUUGGUGUGUUCUUUACUUCCCUGCCAGUAUACACUUCAGAUUCCUUAUCGUAUUAUAAAAUUUAUAGUGACCGGAAUGGCUAUAAACACAUCCAUUACAUCACUGAUGCUGUGGAAACUGCUGUGCAAAUUACACAUGGAUCUUGGGAAGCAAUUUAUAUAUUUUAUGUGACAGAUGAAGCAAUAUAUUACUCAAGUAAUGAAUUUGAAGGAUUCCCAGGAAGAAGAAAUAUUUAUCGAAUUUCUCGGCAAGGAAAUUAUACGGACAAGCAAUGCAUCACCUGUAAUUUAAGAAAGGAACGGUGCCAGUAUUAUUCUGCAAAAUUCAGCAUUAAAGCAAAAUAUUAUUCCCUUUAUUGCUAUGGUCCUGGUGUACCGAUUGUCACCCUUCACAAUGCAAAUAACAGCAAGGAAAUCAAGAUUCUGGAAGACAAUCUCAGCUUGGAAACCAAAUUGCAAACAAUACGCAUGCCAUCAGAAAGAAUUGGAACGAUUGUUCAAAAUGGAUUAACAUUUUGGUACAAGAUGACUUUACCUCCCAACUUCAAGGAAACAAAGAAGUAUCCACUUGUUCUUUAUGUAUACGGAGGACCCUCUAGUCAGGAGGUAGUGCACACAUUUUCUAUUGGAUGGAAGACGUAUUUGGCAAGUUCUGAAGAAAUCAUUGUUGCUUCAGUGGAUGGAAGAGGAAUGGCUUAUCAGGGAGACCGAUUUAUGCAUGCAAUCUAUAAAAGGCUUGGAACAUUUGAAGUUGAAGAUCAGAUAUCUGCUGUUAGAAAAUUUAUUGAAAUGGGAUUCAUUGAUGAGACAAGAAUAGCAAUAUGGGGCUGGUCCUAUGGAGGAUAUGUCACCUCGAUGGUCCUUGGAAAUGGCACCGGACUGUUUAAGUGUGGGAUUGCCGUUGCUCCAGUUUCAAACUGGGAAUAUUAUGCAUCGAUCUAUACAGAACGAUAUAUGGGUCUUCCAACAAAGUCAGAUAAUCUAGCAAAUUACAAGAACUCAACAGUGAUGGCCAGGGCACAACAUUUCAAGGAAGUAGAUUACCUGCUCAUUCAUGGAACAGCAGAUGACAAUGUGCAUUUUCAGCAAUCAGCACAGAUUUCUAAGGCGUUGGUCGAUGCCCAAGUGGAUUUUCAAUCAAUGUGGUAUACGGAUAAGGAUCAUUCAAUUUCAGGUUUUGGAAGAAAGCAUCUGUAUACACACAUGACUCACUUUCUUAAGCAGUGCUUUCUUAUUUAACAAAAAAUAAAAUUGAUACUUUUUACAA